AGUGUUUCUAGAUAAGAAUGUAUACGUGUGUGCUAAUAAUAUUCUGCAGAUAAGAGCAUACAUGUAUGUUGUACAUGUAACUGGAUGAACAGCAAGGUUUGAUAAUCCGCAAUGUUAAAACAACUAUCGUUUAUCCUGUUACUUUUACAGGUUGUAAAGUGUACCAAGGUUGAAAAAAGACUACUUUUGAAUGACCCGGCUAUAAUGGAGCAACGUUUAAACAACCUCGAACGCAAGGUUCAAAACUUGGAGACUGAGAAUCUAAAUCUGAAGAACCAACUUGAUCAACAAGCACAAGUUAAAUUAGGACUCGGUGCUGUGUAUGUUCGUUGGGGUAAAAAGAACUGUCCUGCCAAUGUGUCAAACAUUGUCUAUACGGGAUUCGCUGCCGGAGGGUGGUACGACAAUACAGGAAGUGCAUCAAACUACAUAUGUCUCCCGGCGGAUCCGAUAGACAGCGGACGAACGCCACCAGAUCUUAGUAGGAUUUAUGGGGUAGAAUAUGAAUCAGGCUUUUGGAAAUCGGGAUCAGGCUCGGAGGACGCACCUUGCUCUGUCUGCAUAAGUUAUAUGGGAACCAAUAUGCUGAUGAUACCAGGACGCAAUGAAUGCUAUGCCGGUUGGACCAAGCAAUAUGACGGAUUCUUAGGAUCAAGCCACACAAAUCACAAAGCUCAGACUGAGUUUGUCUGUAUAGAUGGGGAUCCAGAUUACCUGAACGCAGGUAUAGCUGACAGUGAUGGCGCUCUUUUUUACCCCGUCCAUUACGUGUGUGGAACGCUGCAGUGUCCUCCGUAUAUACCUGAUCACGCUGUUAACUGUGUUGUGUGUGUCAAAUGAAGUUCCUUUCUGAAAGUUCUAUCAUUAUAAUAAAUAUAAAUUUGU